CAGCAAUGGCAGCCUUUACGACAGAUGAAUUUUAAUGACAGCGAACGACAGUAAUGUUUGAAAGCAGUGGAAGUAAUAAGUCUGUCAUUGAUUUUUCUAAUUACUUUGGAUACUCUUCUUGUGGAAAAUACGUACAAAAUACUUAAUUGGAAUACUUAUAUUUUGAUACUACGAUUACUAGUGGUAAUACAUACAUUUUCUUACAAACUUUCCUUCCAACCUCAAAAUGUGGCACGAAGCCCGACGCCAAGAACGGAAAAUUCGAGGAAUGCUUGUCGAUUACAGGAGAAGGGCUGAAAGACGAAGAGAUUUCUACGAGAAAAUUAAAGCAGAUCCAACUCAGUUCCUGCAAGUCCAUGGUAGACAAUGCAAGAUUCAUCUGGACCCACAAGUAGCUGCUGCAGCAGAUAGUGCUGUAAUGAUGCCUUGGCAAGGAAAUAGUGAUACUUUAAUUGAUAGAUUUGAUGGACGAGCUCAUUUGGAUUAUAUUCCACCUUUAAAGAAAGAAGAAGAAACAGAACUUUCCCAAGAGGAAAGACAGCUGAACUAUGAACGAUACAGGAUUAUUGCUCAGAAUUCUUUCCUGGGAAUAAGCGAAGAGAAAUUUCUCAAGCAGUUACAGUUGGAAGAGCAGUUUGGGUACACAGAACAUCACCAAAAAGGGAAGAAAGAACAAAAAACUGGUGGGGUAGCCAUUGGAUUCAACUAUGAUGAAGGAACAGCCCCUGCUCCACUACCAGAACAGCCCGACUCGGAUCACGUCGCCGAAGAUUCCGAUUCGGACGCCGACUGCAGCGACCUAGACGUUGACCUCUCGGUGAACGUCAGCAAAAUGGACGCGGCACAAGCUCAUGAUAUGAACAAACAUGGCAGACAGUUUGGAAUGCACUCUAAUGAUUUCUACUCUUUUCUCACUGAUGAUAUGGAGGAGGCUGAAAACCGGAGGUUGGCUAGAGAAGAGGAACAGGAGAAAGCUUUGUAUGCUGGAAGAAAAUCUAGAAGGGAGAGGAGGUAUCAUAGAGAAAAGCGCCUGGCCAAUAGGGUACUGAGUCCACCAAGUUAUGCUGCUAGAGAAUCACCAACAAUACCAACGUCAUUACGAGAAUCUAAAUCUGCAUCAAGAUCUCCAUCUCCAGAUAAUGCAGGAAAAAUAACUUUCAUCACCAGUUUUGGGGGUGAAGAAGAAACUCCGUCCAGCAGCAAGCCAACCACUGCAACCUACGCGGAUAAAGUAAAAUCCAACCUAAAAGCAAGAAGCCGCAGUUCUGAGCGAGCAGUUUACAGACGUCGUAGUAGGUCAAGAUCGGACAGCAAGAGAAGGAGAAGUAGGUCUGGAAGCAGGAUAAGGUCCAGGAAGAGCAGGAGUAGAUCGGUAUCCAAGGGGAAACGGGGGAGAAGGUCGAAGUCGCCCUUUAGACGGAGGAGUAGAAGCGAUUCCAAUAGCAGUAGAAGCAGGUCGGUCAGUGUUGUGAAAAGGCGAUCGAGGAGUAGAUCGUAUUCUAGAGAUAGAAAAUUACAUUCCAAAUCUUCUCGAGGCAGCACUAAUCGUAACUACAAACGUCAACCUCGUAGCUCCAGUGAUUCUAGUAGUUCUUCUAGCUCAUCGUCGAGAGCUACAAGCCCUCUUAAAAGAAAAUCUUAUAGCUCUUCGCCUGUAAAAGAAUCGCCCAACAAAUCCAGGCAGACACAACAAGAAGAUAAUAAGAUGGAGGUGGAUGAACCACCGAAGGUACUGCCGAGGUACUACGGGAGGAAGAGGAGCGACGUGAGUUCUUCAGAAGAUGAAGACGAUGAGGGAAAUCAGAGUAAUGGGGAACAACAAAAAGGACAAUCGGUUAAGAGUGAUAACUCGGUGAUGGGACAUGGUAAUAGUUCUGGCAUCGGAACCAAAGUCAAAAACCUCAGUAAAUAUGACCAUCAUAGAACGGUUGAAAAGAAAAAGACAGGCGUUGUUAAAUAGACAGUUUAAAGCUGACAAAAUCGCGGAACAAUUGAAAACGGAACGUGAGAAGCAAGAACAGCAGACCCGGGAAGACGAAUUAAGGAUGAUGGCUAUUAAGCUAAGAAGAAAGCAGCGUGAAAGGCGUCAUGCUAACGACAGCCGGAGUAACAGUUCUUCAGAUUCUGAUGAAAGGAGUCGCAGGUCAAAGAGCAGCGAUUCAAGUAGCAAGAGACAAUCACCUCCAAAAGAGAAAGAGCGAGACAGAAGCGUCGAGAGAGACAAUAGGCCUACGAGGCAGCGCACUGAUUAUAAGGCGCGGAGUCGGAGUAGAGAACGCAGCAGAGAAAAAGAUAGGAGGGGUCAGAGAGAUUCUCGAGAUAGGAGGGACUCCACAGAUGACCGUAAAGUUUCCAGGGACCGUAGGGACUCCAGAGAUCGUAAUAAUAGUGGAAAGAACAAAAGAUCGAUAUCUCCAAGGCGGCUCUAUCGUGAUAGAGGCAGAGAAGAUAAAGAUAAGGAAAGAGGGCCACUAAAAAGAUCUCUGGUUGAUUAUUAGAUAGAUAUGGGGCAUACAGAAAAUACUGACGCGUGCAAUACGUAUGUUAGAGUCUGUGGUCUCGUCACUCCAGUUGCUAGAUGAAGUGGUGCUUCUAUUUCUGUCUAAUACAUGUAUUGCUCGCGUCGCGCGCUUCUCUGUCGUACAUAUUACGACGUCAGUGGUAUAUUGAUUUCUCUGUAUAUCAAAGCAUAUGUUGAAUUCAAAAUACAUAUAACCGCGUGGCAGCUUCGUAUAUUGCCUAUUUCUUUCAAAAUAAUAUCUGAGAUGUUGUUUUGGAAACACUCAUUUUUUUAAAGAUAAUAUUUCUAUGCAAGUUAAAUAUUAAUUCAUUAAUUUGAACCUAAUAUACAGUAUGGUGCUAUAAUCUUUUUGUUUGGACAGUUCAAAUAAUAGUUAAUUAUGAGCAAAGUUUAAAACGAAUUACUCUUUUUUUUAUUGUAAAAGUCCCCAAACUUAACCCCAUACAAUAUGCAAAAAUCAUCCUCGCUAUAUGUGCCCUCCUGAUGUAAUGUAUUUAAUUAACAAUAAAUUUUUAAUUUUUUGAUUGAGUUUAAAAUAACUAUACUGUAUAUUCCAGUGAACGGUAGUUAAUUUUUUAUGAAAUAUAUUUCUUAUUUGCA